UCCGCACAUCCCAACAGAACUCAGUUGUCAGUAACUUUUGAAGUGCAGAGAACGUUCAAUAAUACGAGAAAGAAACCAAAAUUUAACAAAAUGAAGUUGUUGGUUUUGUUUUUGAUUGGGUUGGUUUGCAUCAACGCAGUGCCACUACGAGACGAUAAAGAUGAUGACCUUGAUGAAGAUAUAACCGAUUUUGAAGAUGCUGUUCCUGAAGACGGUGAGUUUUUUGAUGAAGACGAGACAAGUAACUCUGACGAUGAUUAUGAAGACGACGAUAAUAAAUCUAAUGACGGCGACGAGUUAAACGACUAUGACGACGCCGACGAUAAGGAUGAUGAAGAGGAAUCCCAUCUCGACAAUGAAAGUGAUGAUAUGCCGAAAGAAAACGCCGACGCACAGUCAACGGAUGUUAAGGAUGAGGAAGAAGACGAUGGUGAUGAUGGUGAUGAUGAUGAACUUGACGAGGAUAACAAUGAUGCUGACAACAAAUCAAAAGACAAAGAACUAGAUGAUUUUUAUGGAGAUCAGUCAAAAGGUAAUGUUGACGAUGUUGAAAGCGAUAAAGGUAAAAACGACAAAUCGGGAAAAGAUCAAACAGACAAAGAAUUAGAUGAUUUUUAUGGAGAUGAGUCAAAAGGAGCAAAUGUUGGCGAAGUUGAAAGUGAUAAAAGUAAGAAAGGUCAAUCAGGAAAAGAUGAAAUCUCUGUCGACGACAUUAAAGUUGGUGAAAGCAGUGAAGUAACCCCCAUAGAAAAAGAUGUGAAGAAGGAUGAAGCCAAGUAAAAAAGUGAACCCAAGGAGAAAGACGAAAGUCAAAAAGAAGAUAAAGAAUUAGAUUCUUUCUACACCGAUGAUGGAGAAGAGGAACCGAAAAAAUCGGAUGAUGAACCAAA